UUAAGACACUUAUGGAGUGAUGUUAAGCACUCGAAUUAUCAGUAAUAGAUUUAAGGGGGGAUUGGUUUCAUAAUUUGAUGUCCUUUGGACCGAUCUAACAGGCGUAUCCAAUCGCAAAUACCUCACAGACUAAUCUAAGAAAUCGAUAACAUGUUGCUGCAAUAAGACGCAAAGUACUUCCCAACACCAAGUCAGUAGAUACGAUCAUGAUCCGCGCAUCUAGCAUAGAAUUCGUGGCUUCUCGGCUAGUCUCCGGGUUCGCGCACAUCGCUUCCACGCAAGCUCCACCGCGCCCAAACCGACGACCGGAAUCCGUGACACUAGGUGAAGCGCUCGAAUUCUGUCUCCGUCCGUUCCAAUUCUUGAACGUUCCAUAAACCUCGUUUUUCGUUGGGGUACAGAAAGACUGCUCCCUUAGUCGGAGCUCACGAGAGCACACGCAAUAGAAAAUGGCCAUAGCUAUAUAGUGUGGAGGAAAGAAGCCCUGCCAGCUUCGCCGCCGGAAGUCCACGUGUGGUGCGCUAGCUAGCCCUGGUGAAGUGCAGCGGAGAGAAUCCCCUACGCAUCGUCCUACGUGCCUCCUCCUUCCCGCGCAGCAAGAGGGAAACGAAGGCGGUAAUGUAGAAGACAACAACAACAGCAACAGCAGCAGCAACAACAACAGUACGAGGAACCUCCUCAGAACAACAACGAUUCUACGAUGCCGGUCGAUGAUGCAGGAGAUGACUCCGAGGGAGGAAUCGGCGCCAAAAUGCGUAAGAUUUUUGCCAACCGCAAGAAUCUGAGCGCUGCCGAUCGGAAGCGUCUCGAAAAGGAGCGCAAGGCUCGUCAGUUGCGCCGUUUGCGUAAGCUGUUGACCCCCAAGAACGCCGUGGUGGCCCUCCAUGAACUGCAAGGCCCAGGAAUGAGCGAGUUCACGAUCAACACCAACGGUCAGGAGACAACAGCGGAAAUCGUGGUCAACAACGUACGCUACGAAGCCACCGCCCCGAACAAGCACCUGGCCAAGGCCCGCGCUUCGGAGAAGGCCCUGCGAGAUCUGGUCAUCGCCCAGAUGGCCAAGGCUCGCCAGAGCGCCGAAACCAAGACCACCACCAAUGCUGCUGCUACAAACAAUGGCAACAACGGCUCUGCCGCUGGCAACGAGGACGUUGAAAUGUCCGAAAUGUCGGAAACCGACGAUGUGCCGAUGUUGCACCUGGCUUCCUAUGCUCUGUACAAACUGUUCAACGAGUGGCAAAACGAAGGCUUCGAAAUCCCAGCCAUCAAGCCAGCCAAGGCUCCAGUCAAGCUCACCGAAGCCGGUGUCCACCCGUUAGCUCCCAAGGUCCCCAAGACCAAGGCCGAUUUGCCCUCCGACGCAGCCACCCGCCACCCAACGGCUCUUCUUGCAUUGAUGCGUCCCCAAAUCCCGUACGAGGACCUCGGCUCGAACAACACCAACGACCCAACCAAGCGGGAGUUCUCCGUCGGAGUGACCGUCGACGGGCAGCGAUUCAUUGAUGACGCCCUAUGUUCAUUUGGAUUUGAUCAUCCGAUCCCACAACUAAAUUAUUCAAAAGUGCGACCUGUUAAAAGAUCCGCAAAUUAUACUCCGGAAUCAACUGUACCGAAACGGAUGUACAAUAGCAACGAUUUGACGUCAGAUCUAUCGACAACAAGCCAGGACUAUGAGCGAAAGCCUGAUAUACGUUUGUUCCCGUCUUUUCCAAUCCGGCAGCUGGAACCACAAGCGAAUCGUCCAGUAUUUGCACCAGGCAAGCGAACCGCCAAUCAUAUUCCGGAAUCUAUGACAUCGAAACGAAUGUGCUUCAGCAACGAUCUGCCGUUGAAUGCAUCGGAAUUUCGUCAAGAUUAUGACCAAAAGCCCGAUAUCAGUUUGCUCUCGUCAUUUCCGGGACAACCAUUGAAUCAACCCAUGAGGGUACCGGCAUGGCGAUUCUUCGAUCAGCGUCCAUUGCCAAAGUUUGUGCCGAAACCAUUGCAUCGCAGAAAGAAUCGUCGACCGUCGAAGGCACCGAAAAAGCGUCGUCCGAAAUUCAAACGUGCGUUGCCGCCAAACGCAACGGAACGGCAUCCAUGCGAUUUGCUGAAUUACAUGUGUCCGCCAUUUAAAUUUACGCAAUUAAAAACCACCAUGACGCAGUAUAGCCUCACCGUCAACGGUAAAGUGUACUUGGGGGAAGGUCGGUCGAAGAAACUGGCUCGUCGGAGUGCAGCAAUGGCUGCUUGCGAGGAACUGUUCGGUGUGCAGUUUGACCGUUCAACGGUUAAUUGAUAGAUCUACUUAAGUUUAAUGUUAAGCAAUAAGUCCUUGUUAUUUAUUAUAUAGUUUUAUUAGAUUGAGUAAGGGUGAGGAGCAGCAUCCUAUGAAUUGGCUCAAUUUACAUUCAAGUGAGAACAAUUUUUAUGGAA